GCCUAAGAGCGGCCGGGCCCCAAGGCCCAGGCAGCCUAGGCGUUUAUAGGUCACGCGGCCCGAGGACGUAGUCUUGGUGCGCCGCUGGGAGCCGGGCUUCCUCAGAAGAUAAGAUAACAAUCCACUUUAUAAACCGAGAUGGUGAAAAAUUAACAACCAAAGGAAAAAUUGGUGACUCUCUGCUAGAUGUUGUUGUUGAAAAUAAUCUAGAUAUUGAUGGUUUUGGUGCCUGUGAGGGAACCUUGGCUUGCCCUACUUGCCACCUCAUCUUUGAAGAUCACAUAUAUGAGAAGUUAGAUCCGAUCACUGAUGAGGAGAAUGAUAUGCUUGAUCUGGCUUAUGGACUAACAGACAGGUCACGGUUGGGCUGCCAAAUCUAUUUGACCAAAUCGAUGGACAAUAUGACUGUUCGAGUACCUGAGGCAGUGGCUAAUGCUAGACAAUCUGUUGACAUGGGCAAGAGUUCCUAAGUUACAAUAAAAAGAAAGGUGUUCAAAUAUGAAAUAUGUUCACAAAACUUUACUUAUUUUUUAUAAUUAUCUUUUAAUGUAAUGAGCACAUGGGUGAAUGCAUUUAUUAUUAUGACUAGCUUUGCUAUUUUAAUUAGCUUAUGUAAGAAUUUUGUAGUAUGAAUGUGUAUGAUCUUUUGGUUAAAUUAUAAAAAUAUAUGUCAAAUAUUAGAAAAUAGUUGAUAUGAUAAUAAAUCCUUAUAUAUUUUAUCUUAUGUGUAUUUAGCAACUUUAGAAAAAUAUUACCACAUAAUCUUAUGUUUGCCUAUUUAGAAAGUAGGUUAAGAAAAGGUAAUAUUACCCCUGUUUGAUUUGUGGCAGAGAUCUAAAGAGGCUUGCCUAGGGCCAUAUAACCAGAAAAUCUGUACUAGAAUUUACAUCUUGUUACUGUAAAUUUUCUGUUUAGACUGAAGUCAGAAAAAUUAAGAGUAUCUUAAUUUAUGUAAAUGUGUAUUGAAAAAUCACUUAAUUGAAUAUUAGUUCCUUAAUUUCAGACACUAUUAAACUUAUAAAUAAAUUUUCUUAAGUUUUUGAUUUAGUGAGAAGUGUAAGUCUGAACAUAGGCAUUAUAAAGAAGUUUGAUGUCUUUUCUGACUAAACUAGAGGAAUAAACUAAACUUAAAUGUCUUGUUUUUUUUCUAUUUUCAGCACAAUAGUCUCUCUUUAUAAUCUUUUGAAAUAAUGUUGAUUUACAAAUUUCUGCCUUGUAAUAGAAUAGAAAUCUUAAGAAUUAGGUCCCUGUAUCUUGAGCCAGAGGACAUGAACUAGGUGUUUCGUCAUAUAGCCCGGGGAGUACUGUUCUUUCUCAUGAAGUGUGUGCAGCCUGCAUAGCAGUGUGUCAGAAUCCCAACAUGAGAGAGUGGGUUUAGCAUCACAGAGUAUUAGUUAUGUAUGGAAGACAUUUGUAUCCUUGUCUUUGUUGAAAAUAAAUUUGUGAAACAAUAGACUAUAUAGUGUGCUCUUUGGAGCAUACCAACUAACCUGGAUGAAUUGUGAGGGAGA